GGUCAUGUGAUCAGCUGUGUCCAAUCACAGCUGAUCAUAUGUAAACAGGGAAAUGGGACAUGUACACUGAUCAUCAGGGCACUGAUGAUCAGUGUGGCCCCAGAAGUGCCACCUGUCAGUGUCCAUCAGUGCCAGCUGUCAGUGCUGAACAGUGCCACGUGCCAGUGGCCAUCAGUGCCACAUCAAUGCCACAUAUCAAUGCCUAGCAGUGCACAUCAAUGCCACAUAUCAGUGCCCAUCUGAGCUGCCUUUCAGUGUCACCCAUCAGUGCCACCUAUCAAUGCCAAUCAGUGCCACCUAUCAGUGCUGCAAAUCAGUGCCGCCUAUCAGUGCCAGUCAGUGCCGCCUAUCAGUGCCGCCUAUCAGUG